UUUUAUUUGUGUAUCAGCUAGCAUUACAAGCAGUGAAUAAAAAUUGAAAAAUAAUAAAAAGAAAAUAACAAUAUAUUACUGAAAAUAAUGAAAUAUAAUUGUAUCGUAAAUUAAAAAAUAAACAUAGUGAUUGCAUUUAACAAAAUUUAGAACAAAAAUAAAACAUAUUUAAACAUUAUAAAUUGUUAAUAUAGGCUAUAGACAUUAAUAUAAGCUAAAAAAUUUAAUAAUAUAAAUUUGAAAAUACAUAGUCUUGAAUUAAAAUAUUUUGAAAAUUUAUAAAAAUGAUGAUGGAUUGCGGAACGUUACAGAUCACGCCCCCAGCUUCUCCAAAUUCUCAUGAAAAAAUAUUUUCGGCAUAUACCGAUCAACAUUUCUAUGCAAAUAAUAUUUUAAGUAUUACACCAAAUCCAUCCGAUUCGGAAGAUACAAUCUCUGAUCAUCAAUUAAAAUAUCCAAUACAAAGAGAAUCUGUAAUUAAAUGUGCAACAUCGAAUGGUGGUAUAUCAUCUGUAUCAUGUAGUAAUUUUAUUAAUAAUAACAUUAGUAACAUAUUGGAGUAUAAUAAUAAUACAAAUGAAUGUUCAUCCCCAAAUGUAUUUCGACAAUUAAAAUUUAAAUAUGGUCGCAAUGGAUGUUGCAAUAGUAACAACAACAAUAACUACAAUAGUAAUACUAUUAAUUCAAAUAAUAAAAAUAGUAAUAAUAAUUAUGAUAAUAAUCAAAUGAUCAAUAAUCAUAAUAAUAAUGUUAAUAAUACUACACAGGAUAUAAAUGAAGAAGAAAAAUAUGUUACAAAUGCAUUUAAUUUUGGAAAAAAUAAUGAUGUUAAUAAUGUACAAUUAAGUAACAACAAUUUAAUAAUACAACAAAAUACGACAAAUAUGGAUUUAACACAACAAAAUAUCAAUAAAGAUGAUAUAAAUGAUAUUAGUAAUACAAAUGAUGGAUAUAUAAAUAAUAAUCACAGUUUCGAGAAUAUCAAUGUAGCUUUACAACAACCAACCACAAAAAGUCCAAUAUUGAGUUUUAUAACAACUGAUAAUACAGCCAUAAAAUCCCAAAUGAUUACACCUACAGAUAAUAUUUAUUGUAUUCAAAUUGUUCAAAAUCCUAGUUGCAUACAAAUUUCACCAAAUUUAAUUAAAUGUAAUAAUAGAACACAACAAAAUCCGUCUAAUCCAGAAAGAAAAAGAAUAUUUGAAUGCAAAUAUGAAGGAUGCGGUAAAAAUUAUUUUAAAUCAUCACAUCUUAAAGCUCAUGAACGAGUUCAUACCGGUGAAAAACCUUUUAGUUGUAAAUGGCCAAAUUGUGGUAAAAGCUUUUCGCGUUCUGACGAAUUAUCAAGGCAUAAACGAACACACACUGGUGAAAAAAAGUUUGUUUGUCCAUUACAAAUAUGUGGGAAAAAAUUCAUGAGAAGCGAUCAUUUAUCAAAGCAUGUGAAAAGGCAUUUAAAAAAUAAAUCGAAUUUAACAAAUAAUCAAGGAGAAAAAUUAAGAUUAAUAUUCCCUGCUUCAUCUCAAUCAGCUUUUCUUCUUUAGACUAAAAAAUAUUUAAAAAUUAUAUUAAAUAUUUACAAAUUUAAAAAAAAAAUCCUUCAUAACUUAUAAAAAAGUUUUUUCUGUGAUAUUAAAUUAUUAUAAGCACAUGAUUAUUAUUAAUUAUUUAAAUUUCAUAUAUUUGAAGUUACAAAAUGCAAAAUUUAUUCUUUAGUAUGUUUAGUAAAAUAAGAAUAUUUAUUAUUUAUCAAAGUGAAAAAAAAACUUUGGUAAUUUUACAUUCAUUAUUAUAUUUUACAAUUAACUAUAUGAAAAAUGAAAAAUAAAAA